GUGGGGCAGCAGGCUGGCAAGAGGAGAUAAGGGGCCUCCUGGGAGCCCGUGUGCAAGUCAUGCUCCGGAGGAGACAGCUCAGCCUGAUGAGCCUCAAUUAGGAAACCCGGGCUGGGCGGGGAGGGGCCUCUCCGUCCUCACUGCAGCCUGAGCCUCUGCUCCCGCCUCCACCACGGAGCUCUGCCCAGGCCCAGCAGCCAUGGCUCCAUCCUUGACUGCUCUCUUCUGUCUCGGGCUGUGUCUGGGGCGGCCGGUGAUCGCAGCGCAGAGCGGCCUGCUCCCCAAGCCCUCCCUCCGGGCUCUGCCCAGCUCCCUAGUGCCCCUGGAGAGGCCGGUGACCAUCUGGUGCCACGGGCCUCAGGGCGUGGACCUGUACCGCCUGGAGAAACUGGGAUCCAAGAAGUACGAGGACCACAACUUCCUCUCCAUCUCGGCCAUGAAAACGAGUCACGCGGGGCGCUACCGCUGCUCCUACCAGAACGGGUCCCAGUGGUCGCUCCCCAGUGACCAUCUGGAGCUGGUCGCCACUGGGGUCUUCGACAAGCCCUCGCUCACUGCGCAUCCCAGCCCCGUGGUGCCCCCAGGGGGGGAUGUGACCUUGAAGUGUCAGAGCCAAUAUGGCUUUGACCAGUUUGCUCUGUAUAAGGAGGGGGACGCUGGGUUCUACAAGAGACUCGAGCAUCGGUACCAUGCAGAUUUCCCCAUGGUCCCGGUGACCACUGCUCACAGCGGGACCUACCGGUGCUACAGCUUUUCCAACGUCUCCCCGUACCUGUGGUCAAGCCCCAGCAACCCCAUGGUGCUCACAGUCACAGCGUCCCCCGAAGCCUCCAGGAGACUGAUCACCUCACCCAGGAACAGAGCCUCGACCACCGCCCUGUCCAGGAACGUCCCCGUCUCUCCAGAGGGGUCCAGCACUCCAAUUGGUCUCGCCCGCCAGGACCACACCCAGGGGAACCUGGUCCGGAUCUGCCUCGGUGCUGUGGUCCUCGUUCUGCUGCUGGGUGUGGUGGCCGAGGACUGGCACAGUCAGAGGAGAGCCCUGCGGCCCAGGCUCAAGCCCGUGCAGAGGCCCCUCCCGCCCCUCCCACAGACGCAGCGUGGCGGUCAGGAGGAGCACCUCCGUCAGAACCCUGGUGUGGCCGCGUCCAAGAGCCAGAGGGUGUGAAGGCCGUGGGGGGCCAGGCUGUGGGCGGAGGAGGCUGGGCCUCUUCAGGGAGCCGCAGAGCAGUGUCUACGGGGCUCUGUCUCCUUGGCUGCGAGGGUCCAGUGGAGGCUGCGUGUCCUAGACACCUUCACCUGUGGUCACUAAGUCCCUGGACAGGCACCGAUGGCCUCCCCUCGCCCUCCUAAUACGGGCUCCACAUCCAUCCCCCACUCACGGCUCACUGUCCGCCCUGUGCGCGGCCUUCCCUGCCCCCUGUCCUCAGGUUGGCCCACCCCACCCAUCUUCAGCUGUGGUCUGGUAAAUCUGUUUUUAGAAAGGUCCUGGUUCUUCUAGGCAGUCGGAUGCGCUUCUUGUUGUCACCAGCACACAAUAAAAGUCACAGUGGCCCCAG